AUGAGCACACCCUCAGGCCAAAGACUGCUGACGGUAGCUGCCGCGCAGUUGGGGCCCAUUACAAGUUUGGAUAGCCCGCGCUCAGAUGCCCUCACUCGAAUGAUUAAUCUGUGCUCGGAAGCAGCAGAAAAGAAUGUGAGGCUUCUUGUAUUUCCAGAGCUUGCCUUUACAACUUUCUUCCCGGGAUACAUCAUUGAGAAGCAGGAAGACAUUGACAAGUUCUUCGAGCCAGCUUCUCCCAAGGACCCUUCCGCUAUCAUUCACUCACCCAAUGGCAAAUCUCUCUUUGACAAAGCGACGGAGCUGGGUAUCGACAUCUACAUUGGCUAUGGCGAGCGUUGGACGGCAGAGGAUGAGAAAGUAACAUAUUACAACACGGCAAUAUACUAUUCGGCAACUCAGAAGCGUGCUAUCGCCAAAUACAGGAAGGUCCAUCUACCUGGCCGCUAUGAACCCGACACUCGCCCCGGAGUCACGCAGCAAUUGGAGAAACGUUUUUUUACGGUUGGAGAUCUGGGGUUCGAGGCCUUCCGCGUACCGGAUCUCAUCCCUGGUGCGGUCAAAUCCAAGGACGCGAUAUCGACAGAAAGCACGCAGGGCCAGGGUGACCCAAUCAUGGGUAUGCUGCUCUGUAACGACAGGCGUUGGGCGGAGGGUUGGAGAUCGUAUGGACUACAAGGCGUCGAAAUCGUGCUGGUAAGUCGCCUCAGACAAACUGAGUUCUACCCCGGGAAGGCUGGUAAGGAAGACCACGGCUCGCUCAUCGCCGGCAGCAGCAUUGUAGAUCCCAAUGGACACAUCAUUGCUGAAUCAAAGACCGAGGGUGAUGAGCUGGUCUGCGCCACCAUUGAUCUAGCCAUGUGUCGCAAAGGCAAAGAUAGAGUCUUUGAUUUUGCCAAGCACAGGAGGCCCGAACGUUAUCACAGGCUACUCAGUCAGGUCGGUGUCGAAGAGCCAGCCCUUCUAGAUUAG